AUGCAGCAAGGCGCGCAGAUCCACUUGACCGAGCAAGAGGAAGCCAUCUGCCAGCUUCUCGACCAGACGUGCUCCUAUAUUCAUCGCGAACGGCCCCACAUUGAAGGCGUCGACUCGACCCAAACGAGCGGAGAUGGCUCUGAGCCAUGCGAGGCACGCAUCGCUGGUGGCUGGGUCCGCGACAAGCUUCUCGCCCGCGACUCUGAUGAUCUCGACAUCUCCCUUUCCACUUUAACCGGCAACGCAUUCGCACUCUAUCUCAAGCACUACCUUUCAUCGCCCACUUUCGCAGCAUCACCCCUCGCACGAUCCCCGUUCUUCAACGAUCAUGGCUCCGACAUGGGUCGCAUCGGCAAAAUCGCCGCCAACCCAGAGCAGAGCAAGAACCUCGAAACGGCUACAGCACGUGUGCUCGGCCUCUCGCUCGACUUUGUCAACUUGCGCAAGGAGACGUAUGAUCCCGGCUCGAGGAUCCCAACGAUGACGUUCGGAACACCAAAAGAAGACGCAGAGCGUCGCGACAUCACCAUCAAUUCGCUGCUCUACAACGUGCACACGAGACAGGUGGAGGAUCACACCGGAUUGGGCUUGCAAGAUCUGGCAAGCGGAUUGAUAAGAACUCCGCUACCUCCGCUCACCACUUUCCUCGACGAUCCGCUACGAGUGCUCCGAUGCGUACGCUUCGCGAGUCGCUUUGCGUAUGAGCUGCAUCCUACCAUUAUUCGCUGCCUCACAGGUGCAAAUGUAUCAGGCAACACGACGGACGACGCAGAGACCAGUAUCGACCAGCUUGCCAGCCGCGACGAUCCGAGAAUUUCCACGCAGGGCAGCGGAGGGGUCGAGAGUGGACGAGAUCAGAUCCGUGAUGCUCUAGUCAGCAAAGUGUCAAGGGAGCGAUUCGGCAUCGAAGUCGACAAGAUGAUCAAGGGACCCAACCCAUUGCUCGCGCUUUUCCUCCUUCAUCGCUUGGAACUGUUCCCGCUUGUCUUUCAUCCUCCGCCGACUGCGGGUAAGCUCUACCUGGCUUCAACGUCCACCCCACCAAAAGAGCUCGGUCGUCCUGAGCCAGAUUCGGUAGCACUCAACGCGGCUCGUUUGCUCGAUGCCAUUCUCGCUAACAAGAUGCUCGAAGGUGUCUCUCCGGUCAAUCAGUCGGUUCCGUUGGACAAUCUCCGCAUCGGCGACGGCCGAAAUGACGCACCGAAAGCGGACAUUUCGCGUGCCUUUUCGUCCAUCCCACCCUCGCCAGUCCCCAGAGCCGUCCUGGAAGCACUCCCUGCCGACCUCCUUGCCAGUUGGAGUAGCGCCUCUCUCUCAUCCGAAGAACGGCGAAGGCUGUGGAUCUCGGUUGCCCUCCUCCCCGUACGACACCUGAUCUACGAAGAAAAGAAGAACAAAUUCGCAUGGGCGGGCGAAAGCGUCAUCGCCAACGGGCUCAAAUUGGGCACGAAGACGCUGAAAGAACCUGUUGCUGCGCUCCAUCGAUGUAUGUAUCUGGUCCCACUCGGACGCAAGGUGCUCUUCCCAGAACAGCCGCAAGUCGAUGCUGACCCCGAAGAGCUGGACAAGAUGCUUCACCUGCCACCGGGAUUGAGCGUCAAAUCUCGCCUCGCGCUGCUACUGCGCAGCCAGCACGUAUCCAACGGCUUGCUGCAGCUUCGUCCGGAGCCUGCCCUGCUCAUCUCGUUUAUUUCCGAACUGAUCGUUAUGUGGCAGCAACACACCGGCACUUUCGACGAUGCAGCCACGCUCGCUACGCUGCAAGCGCAGGCGACCCAGCUAGCUUCCGAGUACAGCCGAUUCUGGCGACUCAUUACGCAGUGGAACCUCGUGGUGCGGGCAGACGAGAAGCCCGUGCUGGACGGCAACGCGGUGACGACGUGUCUGGGCUGCCAUCCGAAACUCAUCUCUCAGAUUCAGAUGUAUGUGUUGGCUUGGCAGUACGAUCAGGAGCAGUUGGGUGCAGAGGCCGAGGAGGCGUGCAAAACGUGGCUGAAGACAGAGUGGGAGAAGGGUGGGAUUGUGCCAUUUGAUCAACGACCUGCGCCGCCGCCGAGCAAGGGGGACAAAGCGAAGAAGAAGCCGGCAAUGGGGAAGACAGGUACGGACGAAGGGGACCGUAGGAAGCGACAGAAGAGCGAGUGA